AUGCACACACGCCCUCAUAUAUGCAUGCACACACACAUUCACAGACAUGUAGACAUACACUCAGAUAUGCACACACAUAUGCACACAUAUGCGUGCACACACAUUCACAGACAUGUAUGCACUCACACACAGAUAUUCACACACACUCAUAUAUGCAUGCACAGACAUUCACAGACAUCCCCGUAA